CAUCGCACCUUUAAAGUCAAAGUCUUCACGGUGUUCAAGUGUAACUCUGGUGACCACACGGCAUUUGAUGAACUGUACAUCAUAGAAAAGGGACAAAUACGCUCCACUUCCUCCUCAGCAGCCCGUCUCUCUCUCUCUCUGUCGGUCAUGAAGGACGAACAGCAGGAGGGCUCGUCGUCCCGCCGGGACCUCUUUGAAGACUACCGGAGCUGCUUCCUCCGGCCCGGAGCCGAGGUUCGGCCGUGCCGGGACCCCGGGCUCCUGAAGAGGGCGGCCCAGUUCCUGCUGAGGACGUCGGAGCCGAGAGACGCGUUCACGCUGUUCCCGUUCUGCCAGGCGGUGACGGAGAGGUGUGCUGUCGGUGCCGACGGCAGGAAGCACCUGGCGGCCUUCAUCAAAGCCACCGAGAUGCUGGAGAGCCUCUGCGUCAACAUGUUCCUGCAGCCCUGGAAGAAGGAGAUCCGGUCUCUGAAGACCUUUACAGGCGCCUUCGUUUACUGCCUGCUGCCGGUUCUCAGCGGCUCCACUAUCCAGGCUGUUCUGGCCUCUAUGGGCUACCGACCCAGCAGCGACGCCCCCCAGAGUGAGUUCACACUAAGUUCGGAUGCUGAUGCAGAUCGAGCGCUGCUGCUGGGAUUUGAGCUGCUGCUGGCCAGACUGGAAUGUUGUCGCCUCCUGGAUCUGCUGCAGGAGCACCAACUGGGACCACAGGAGUGGUUGGAUGUUCUCCAGAGAAGUAAGCAACCUUCUAAGUUGGCAGAUCCCACAGAAAAGCAGACGGCGACGGAGCAAAAGAAAGACAACUAUGAGAAGAGGAAGGAGUCAGAUAAGAGAGAGGAGUCCCAGCAGCCUGAGUCUCGGCCUCCAUCGGUUCCUCAACCGAAGCCUCGACGUCAUCGCCCCAGUGUUGACCCGUCAGACAUGGAUCUGCAGUGGCCAUACUCAGACCUGGCCUUCAGGGGUCGCCCUCUGCUGCCAGACCAACCUCCCAAAGCAACCCCCGCCAUGACUGGCGGUGUACCUGACAGCAUUUCUGUGCUUCCGAAGACCAACCUGACCAAAGAGGACAGAAACGUUUCUCCAUCAGUCUCCACUGGAGAUGAUGGCUGGAAUGACUCGAGCUGCUUCAGGAACUCUGAUGAAAGCAGAGCACUUGAUGAUGAUGAUGAUGGAGACGAUGAUCUUAGUGGUCCUCAAGCCAUUUCUCUUCAUAUCACACUGAGAACAGGAGGUGGAGCAGAGGCAGCCAAGAAGCGAGGAAGAGUUCAGCCAAACUCAGAGACUUCUGAUGACGCACAGAAAACACCAAGCAGAGAGGAUGUGGUGGCUGACAAACCGGAGUCUUCCUCGUUGAGCUCCAUUGAUGAAGAGCAGCAGCUGAGAGCGCUGGCAGAGCGGAUGGGACAGCUCUCUGUGCAGGGGGAUCCAGAGAGGGCGACGGGAAGAGAGAACAGGAAGGCAGAGGGGCACAAGAAGGACAGACAAAAACAAAGGACCAACCUCUGAGACCCUUAAAGGGCUUUAAAAAUAUUUUAGCAGUCUCUAGGGUUCUUUUUUUUUUUCCGCCUCGUUUGGUUUUAUGACUAUUUGAGCCAAUUGGAUGUAGAGCCAUGGGCAGGAUGUCACCAGGCCACUGGAGUCAACCAAUCAGAGCAAUCUAAGCUUUUUGAAGAAGAGAAUGUUGGAGCCACUUAGUUUUUUGCUAAGUGUCUGAUAUUGACAGGCUUUAAAUAUUCUAAUAAAUGCAAUAAUGAUUUGCUGUUCAAAUAAAUAUACUGGUCAUGUUUCAGGAUCAUCUGCACAUGAUGUGCAGAGAUCAGAAAUAUAAACACAAAGACGAACUAAUGUGAACAUCCAGAGCCAAGCUGGAAAUGUUUCUGCUGUUUUUGUCUUGGCCAAAUUUCAUCAAAAAAUGUAAAUGUUGGACCAAUUUUAUGCACCAAAAAAAAAAAAAAAACUAUGUUCAAAGGAUGAUUUUAUUGAGAAUCAUCCAAAUCUGGGCCUGUUGGCCCCUCUGCCUCAGUGUGGCUGAAAUGAUUUUGUUUCUUCUUCAAGUCUUGAGUUAGAUGGUAUGACAUAAAAAGAAAAAAAAAAGGAAAAGUAAAUUUCCACAAAACAAAAACCUUUGAGACAGGAGACUUGCCUUCUGGAGGGGAGGACAGAGAAUGGCUUAUUGAAAAUACAGUCACUGUCUGGUUUUAUGCAGUCUUCAGUCAUUUGCAUACUCAGUUUUAUCUUUUGUUUGUGUUUCUAUUUUUUUGCAUUUUGAGCUUCUACUUGCAACCUGGUUACAAUCUAACAGGACAAACAAAUUCUUCCCCAGUUUUAUGAAUUCUCUUUGCCUCAAUUCUGAUGGAAACAGAAACAUGAAACGGACUGCUUCCAUUUAGGAUUUUGAAAACAUUUUAAUUCAAAAACUGUUUCGGGGGAAUGUUUGAC